AUGCUGAAAUACUUCACGAAGGAGCACUACUCCUAUUUAUCGAGCACCAAGCGGAUGUCUUUCCGCGUUGAGGAGGACAUUAAGACGAGGACGACAUUCGUCAACAGGGAGGACCUGAAGCACGUGUUCGUGCUGGACUCGCAGGACACAACGGCCGGAUUGUGCCUUCUAAACAUCUCGUUGUUCCUCCUAGGUGGAUUAUCCAAAGAAAAAAGCAAAGCAGACCUAGCGACGAAUCUACAAGGAGGUCUUUUCAUUAUAAGUUUGAUUAUCUUUUCGAUACAAAAAAUUCUGGCGAGAUGUAUCUUGUCGGAUGUGACGUUCGCCCUUCUACUGUACAUCUCGUGUGUGUUGCCAUUCCUCCUUCUAGAACUCGAUGGCUGUUUUAACAACAUUGUCUUCUUCCCUAUAUGUGUCAUGUUCUACUUCACUAGGUACCACCUAAGAACAUUAUUCAUCCUCGACUCCUUUCUCAUUCUUACCAUCCUAGUAAUAAACGUAUCCAUAAACUCCAGCACCAUCGAUAUUUAUAUUUUUCUUUUUUUGUUAACUGCUCUCUUUUUUAGUAUGAUCUAUUAUCGCUACUUGUACUACUUUUCUAGAGCCCUUUCUAACUCUGUAGCUAAACCAAAAAACAUGAUUUUAAUGUUCCCCUACAUAAAUGAAUACCACCAAGUCUGUUUUGUCAAGCUAGCUGAUGUCCUCCUGGACUUAAACAAUUACAUGCACAUAAAGUGGAAUAUCUUCUGUAGAAACAUACCAAAAUUUUAUAUAAAAAAUGAAAAGGAUUUUCAGAGUGCACAAAUUGUAGCUGGCAGAUUGGCAAAUAAAUUCUUUACUCUUAAAAACCAAAAAUUAUUUUCCACUUAUCCUCCAUAUUACUGUCUAAAAGUUUUUUAUCACAAAAAAUUGUACCUAAUUAUUUCUGCUAUUGAGAGGAAGAGAAAACAGAUUGGAAAACUUCACUCGAAUCAGAAGAGAAAUAACUUUGUAUUCUUAAUGGAGAUGGUCAAACUUCACUGGGGGACUACCACGCUUGUUCAGGAGAACUACCGCCAUUCGGGGACACAUCCGCACCAGCCAGAAAAAAGGACAUCUAAAAGGGGUAAAAAUAAAAAACAAACAAAAAACACCAUCCGUGAGGAAGCGCAAAGGGGAACAGAACGGAACAGUCGCAGAAAGCAUAAUUCACGUGUACAUCCUGUUCCUUUGAAACAAGUGGAGGAAGACAACAUCAACCAAAAAGGAACAGCAGACGUGCGGCAAGCAAGCGAACAAACGAGGGGAGUCAAACGGGAAAAGGGAGCAACCUCAACGGAUGAACAUCCCUCUCGAGUUUACAACAAGGAUAGGGACACACACAAAAAAGAACAGGCAAUGAAGCGAGCAAAAAGUGGACCAAGGAGCAACGAGCAAAAAUGCCACCCACAAAACGACGCUCCACGGAAUCAUCACAAAGGGACCAAAAAUGAGGACAACAAAAAACGAAACAGUUUGAAGAACAAUUCUGUAAAUAAUAGUUCAACCCCGUUUAUGAAAAGGCCCGAGAAAAAUAGUAGCCAUUUGGGGGAAACUACACAUAGUAGGAUAGACAGGCUUCAAAUCGAAUCCCCAAUUGACAAUCUGCUCAGCAUAAGCGACAAUAAUAAGAAAGCAACAAGGGGUUACAGACUUGGCAAUAAAAAUGAUGUACUUGGUGAAGAAUUUUUUGAGUCCAAAUAUGAAGCACGUGAGGGGGAAAAACCUAAGCAACCCAGAGCAAACUCACCCCACCAAAAUACUAACGCCUUUAAAAAAAACCCGAACGAAACUACAGAUAGAAGAAGCACAUACGCCGAUGGGAACAAAUAUAAUAAGAACCCCAAAAACGACAUACAGGGAAAAAGGCUGAAAAACAAAUUUGCACACCCGAACAAACAUGGCCUUCAAUUCUUCACCAAAAUGAAGAAAAAAAUGCCGCAUCAAAUAUCUGACCAUGGUAGCGCGCAUGAGGCAAGCCAAAAAGGGGAACGUGUUAGCCCAAAUGUAGACCAUAACCAGUGGGGGGAUAACCCUAAUGGAGCUCCCCUUCACGGACACACAAGCGACGUCGAUUCACAAGUCCAAACAAACUUAAAUUCUUACAUGAACGAUAAAAUGAAAGCUGCCCCCAACACGCAAAGCAACUACAUGUACAUGUACAUGUGCAGGCAAGACAACAGUGCCAAAGAACAAACAAGUGGGCAUUACUCAACUGAAGACACGCGAAAAAAAAAGAAAAAAUCGGAAGGAAAAUUUUCCUCAUUCAAAUAUCAUCAUGACUGGAGCUUGCUAUCGGACGAGAAAAUAAUUUUCGUUAAUUUCUCCUGCCUCUUCUAUGUGUUCAUUCACAAAAUUAAAUGGUUGUUAAAAUAUAUAGAACAAGUGAACUCUGUUGUUCAGGGGGGCUACUUCCGACAGGGAAUCUCACCAAAGAGGGAUCAUCUGUUAGCUUUUCUGGACCAGAAGGUCGAACGAUACUACCUACUUUGGUCCAAUUCCUUUGACUUGGUUUACCACGUGGAGAAUUACAUCCCGCACAUUUUGCUCAUCCUCACUCUGCAUCUUUCCUCCGUGUUCAUACGAGUCGCCCCCCUGCAGCUCAGCGGCUCCUACUCCCUGUUCCGCAUGGCAAGUUUCUGGACCAUUUUCGUCGCUAGAUUUCUGCUGGCCCCCAUCCUUUUCGCCCUCAUCUUUUGGCCGAUAAUCAAAACCAGAUCAGUGAACCCCAGGAAUAUUUUCAAAAUUAAAAUGCGUUUUUUUCUCCUGUCCCUUUUUAUCCUGACGCUGUCUAUCCUGGACUAUUUGUGGACGAUACUUCUCGUACAGAAGAAUUUCUGGAAGCUGCAUGGCGCUGUCCUGCUGGAGCUUCAAAAAACGUACAGUAUGUUUUCCCUAGCGGAGUUAAUUUUCAUCGCUCCAGUCGUGUACUUCCUCAUCAUGCAUCGAUUAAAGUCUCUCUGGUACCUGUACAUCAUUUGGCUGUUCUUAAUAAAUGUUAUAUAUUGGAGUUGUAUUGGAACCUUCCUCCCAGGCCUAAGGAUGAAUAUUUCCCUCGCGACUUCAGUUGUGAUGUGCGUCCUUUUUAUUAUUAGACCCUUCGAGAUGGUCAAGAGGGACAUAUUUUGCAGGUGUGUCCUGCCUUACAUUUUAUUCCUGGACGACGUAUUACGCACCCUCGACUGCGAUAAGAGGCUCAAAUAUUUGCGCUUACCAAAGAUGGGGCAAUGA